AUGGUCGCUUUCAAAUGGGGUGGGAAACCCAUCACAGGGUACAACCUGCUGAUAAUUGCCUUUGCCACGCUGGGCAGCCUCGCGUAUGGCUAUUCAGCAGCAAUCAUCGGCUCUACGCUGGGCCAACCCUCGUUCCUCGCCUACUUUGGCCUCGACACUGCAAGCAACUCCGCCGCGUUACAGGGUGCCAUAAAUGGACUCUUCCAGGCUGGAGGGCUCUUUGGGACUCUGGUGUUUGGAUUCCUGGCCGACAAGUGCGGACGAUGUAAGGCGAUCUUUAUAGCAACGGUUGUUGCUGUUAUUGGGGGUGCCCUGCAGGCUGGAUCUGUGCAUAUCGCCAUGUUCCUUGUUGCGCGAUUCAUUACUGGCUUUGGCAUUGGCGGACUUGUUAUGUUGGUUCCGCUGUGGCAGAGUGAGGUUGCCCCGUCACACUCGCGAGGUCUCCUUGUUGGUCUACACGGAGUCUCCAUCCUGGCUGGAUACUCGCUGUCCGCGUGGGUUGGGUACGGCUUCUACUUUGUGAAUGUGGCCGGGGCGCAGUGGCGUCCCCCUCUUGCGCUGCAGUGCUUCCCACCUCUUGCCCUUGGGGCCGGUAUCCUCUUUAUCCCCGAGUCCCCUCGAUGGCUCGUCGAGAAAGACAAGCUCCUCCAGGCAAAAGCCACCCUGGAACGAAUCUACCGCGACACAAACGACCCAAAUGGCUCAGAAGCCCAUCGCCAAUUCCAUCAAAUCCGCUCCCAGCUCGAAUUCGAGCGUGACCUCCCCUCCUCCUGGCUAUCCCUCCUCACAGUCCCCCAUUACCGCCGCAGAACCCUCAUCGGCUUCACAACCUUACUAGCCGGCCAGCUCACAGGAACAACCGUCAUAAACAACUACGGCCCAACCCUAUACAGCUCCCUCGGCCACGGCCCCGCAGCCAGCCUCGCCCUCUCAGCAGGCUGGCUAACAGAAGGUCUAGUCUGCAACAUCUUCAACGCCAUCCUGCUCGACUACGUCGGCCGCAAAUGGCUCAUGACGACGGGUCUAGCCGGGUGCGCGGUCUCGCUGCUCGGCGCAGGCAUAAUGGUCGCUCUCUACGGAGGAACCGAUAACAAGCCCGGGAACUCGGCGGGCGUGUUCUUCCUGUAUCUGCAUCUAACCUUCUACGCGACCUGCAUGGAUGCGUCGACGUAUGUCUAUGCGUCGGAGAUCUGGCCCACGCACCUCCGCGCGAAGGGGUUUGCUGUCUCGGUUGCGGGUUUGUUUGUGGGGUCGCUAACGCUGCUGGAGGCUGCGCCGACGGCGUUUGAGACGAUUGGGUUUCGGUUUUAUCUUAUUAUGAUGGCGUUUACGGUUGUUUGUGCGGUGGUCUUUGCGGUGUUUUUUCCCGAGACGAAGGGGUUGUCGUUGGAGGAGGUUGCGAGGUUGUUUGGCGAUGAGGUUGCUGUUUCUUCUGUGGGUGUUGAAUGUGCGGAUGGAGAGAGGACGAGGGAGAAGGAGUUGGAGUCUUGA